GGAUAAUGACUCUUGCUGUUCACCGAAAUUGAAUAAGCAUCGUGAGCACUUUAAAUCUCCUGUUGGUGCCACUGGGCUGACUGAAGACAGGGUUUUGACAUUUCAGCGGUAAAGAUCCAGCCAAAGUCUCAAUUUGCCUUAACAAUGUUCCAGAGGCUGAGUAAAAAGUUUGUGAGUGAAGUCAAUACUUCUAACCAAGAACCAGAAUUUAGUGAGAAAGAAGAUGAUGAAUGGAUUCUUGUUGACUUCAUAGACACUUGCACUGGGCUUUCAGCAGAAGAGGAAGAGGAUGAGGACAUAAGUGAAGAGUCACCUACUGAGCAGCCUGCAGUCUUUUCCUGCUUACCUGCAUCUUUUCAGUGCUUGGCUGAUCCAAGUGAUUCCUGCUUCCUCCAAUUUAAGUCGUGUCCAAUGGAGGAGAGCUGGUUUAUCACUCCUCCUCCAUGCUUUACUGCAGUUGGAUUAACCACUAUUAAGGUGGAAACAAGUCCUAUGGAAAACCUUCUCAUUGAACAUCCCAGUAUGUCUGUGUAUGCUGUGCAUAACUCCUGCCCUAGUCUCAAUAAGGCCAGCUGUGGGACUGUCGAAUUUAAUCCAAGUAAUCCCAGAGUGGAAGCUGAACAUGAAAUAGGGCAGCACAUUCAUUGCUAUGUUACAGCUCUUGCUGCUACAGCUUUUCUGGAACAACCCAAGAGCUUUCGUCCUUCCCAGUGGAUAAAAGAACACAGUGAAAGACAGUCUCUGACCAGAAAUAGCCUUCGCCGCCAAAAUCUUACCAGGGAUUGCCACUCUCGGCAAGUCAAGCACAAUAGCUGGGUUGUUCAUCAGCCUUGCCCACGUCAGUACAAUUACUAAGAAUUUCAAGUUUUGUUGGUUGGCUUCUCUUGG